ACCAAAUCCCCAAUCCUCCCCAUCCACUUUAACCCACCAACUCCAUACUUUCUCUUUCCUUCCUUUUCCACCUUCUGAAUCCAACGCCACCUCUCCACACGCCCCCCCCUCUCUUUCUCUCUCUCUCUCUCUCUUAGGGCUCCCAAUUCAAGCUUUUUGGAAGGUCUCCAAUGGCGAUUUCAACCUCUUUCGCGUUGGAGACUCUCCUUCACGCUGCCUCCCCGACUCCCUCCGCCGCCGCGGUGUCGUCAUCUUCUUAUUCUCCGUCAUUGAUUAACUUUUCCGGUCGGAGUCACCGCCGUGGUGGACACCUCAUUCAGCGGCGUUGUCCUUUUUUUGUUAGCCCUAGGUGCGAGGCUUCCUCCGAUUUCGCGGCUACUUCUGUUGAUUCUGUGCGGUCCUCUAGCAUUUCUGCUCUUGAACAGCUCAAAACUUCUGCUGCCGAUCGUUAUACUAAGGAAAGGAGCAGCAUUGUUGUAAUUGGUCUCAGCAUUCACACUUGUCCGGUAGAAAUGCGUGAGAAGCUUGCCGUUCCAGAAGCUGAGUGGCCUCGUGCUAUCGAAGAAUUAUGUAACCUAAACCAUAUUGAGGAGGCUGCUGUCUUGAGCACAUGCAAUAGGAUGGAGAUAUAUGUUGUUGCUUUAUCGCAGCAUCGUGGAGUUAAGGAGGUCACGGAAUGGAUGUCCAAGCCUUCUUGUUGGCAGACUAGUGGAGUUCCUGUGUCUGAGAUCUGCCAGCACAGGUUUUUGUUAUACAACAGCGAUGCCACCCAGCACAUCUUUGAAGUAUCAGCGGGUCUAGACUCUUUGGUUUUGGGAGAAGGUCAGAUUCUUGCUCAGGUCAAACAGGUUGUUAAAGUUGGACAGGGAGUUGUUGGCUUUGGCAGGAACAUUAGCGGGUUGUUCAAGCAUGCAAUUACCGUCGGGAAGAGGGUCAGGACUGAGACAAGCAUAGCUGCUGGAGCUGUUUCUGUGAGCUCAGCUGCUGUUGAGUUGGCCUUAAUGAAACUUCCUGAAUCUUCCCAUGCUAGUGCUAGAAUGUUGGUGAUCGGAGCUGGAAAAAUGGGUAAGCUUGUAAUCAAGCACUUGGUAGCAAAAGGGUGCACAAAGAUGGUGGUUGUAAACCGAAGUGAGGAGAGAGUUACUGCUAUUUGUGAGGAACUGCAUGACGUGGAAAUCAUAUACAAACCUCUCACUGAAAUGAUUGUCUGUGCUGCUGAAGCUGAUGUUAUUUUCACCAGCACAGCCUCAGAGAGUCCACUAUUUAUGAAAUCUGACGUACAAACUCUCCCUUCUGUAGGCUCGGAAGUGGGAGGCAUUAGGCGUUUUAUUGAUAUUUCCGUUCCAAGGAAUGUCGGGUCAUGUGUUUCAGAUCUUGAAAAUUCUAGAGUAUACAAUGUUGAUGAUCUCAAAGAAGUUGUGGCUGCUAAUAAGGAGGAUCGUAUAAGGAAAGCAAGGGAAGCUCAAACUAUCAUUGCAGAGGAAUCGAAACAGUUUGAAGCUUGGAGGGAUUCCUUGGAAACAGUCCCCACCAUCAAGAAGUUGAGGGCCUAUGCUGAGAGAAUCAGAGUCGCAGAGCUCGAAAAAUGUUUGGCGAAGAUGGGUGAUGAUCUUCCAAAGAAAACUAAGAGAGCAGUCGAUGAUCUUAGUCGGGGAAUAUUGAACAAGAUUCUUCAUGGUCCGAUGCAACACCUUCGAUGUGAUGGGAGCGACAGCAGAACUCUGACUGAGACUCUUGAAAACAUGCAUGCAUUGAACAGAAUGUUUAGCCUUGAGACAGAGAUCUCUGUACUGGAGCAGAAAAUUAGAGCCAAGGUAGAGCAGAUCCAGAAAUAAUGUCGCGUGCAGAAACAUCUUCCACAAUUCUUCACCCCUUUUUCUGAAUAAGGGGAGAGCUUCCCCAUCUAAUCAAGAGAAAUAUGAUUUAUGUAAACAGGAAGGAAACCUGAAGGGUUCUUUCAAUUCAUUGAUUUGUGUCUCUACUUCUUUUAACCAUGGUGUCGGAUCUCUUUCAAUUGUAUGCAUGUUACGAGUCCGGCUCCAUCAAGUUAUCCGAGGAUGACAUCUUCUUGGUUAUGUAUUUAAGUAAAAACAGCUCAGGUGUAAUAUUGUAAUUUUUGUAAUUAAUGUAUACUGAUUAUUUUUGGUAGUA